CAGGCUGACUAAUCACCAUGUCUUAAGCCCUGUAUUGCAGUAGCUCACUGCUUAAUGGUGCAAUUCUGAUCUAAUGGACCUCAGCAGCUCUCCACCUGACCACAGACUGACUCCCCCUCUGUGUUUACUCUGUUACCUCCGCAGCCAUUUUACGGAAGUGAACAGAGGUAAUCAGACACCUGCAGUGCCAGGCUCUGCAGGUCCCCUCCCAAGAAGGGAGGAACCUGAAGGGAGGCGUCCCCAGACUGGGUAGACCAGUGAGACGCAUUUUUUUCCAAACUGAGAGGCUUUUUUUUUCUCACACAACAGCACACAGGGGUUUCCUGUAAACUGAGAGACAAGUAGGCUACAAGACAGAGACAAACUAGAAGUACAGUUACGUUUUGAAGUCUAGACUGUUUACUGGCGCAUAGAGAGGAUAACCCACAACUUCAUGGAUACUACCGCUCAACUUGUCGGAGCAGUUGGGAAUGCUUUUGUGAAAGGCAGGUGAACUCUGCUCUCCCAGGGAGAUUACAGCAGGACGUGCUUCCAGCCACUGAACAGCUUGACUUCACUUGUAGCGUCAUGGGAAUCCUGCUCGCACAGAGGAGGCUGAACUGUACUACUGACAACUCGGUAGCAGUAGUAGACUUUAUGUGAUAUUAUGAAAGUCUACUACGUGGAACCGGUUUGCGUUUCACUAAACGGGAAUACAGGAUAGUGUUGUUGUAAUUGACGCCCUCCUGGAGAAGGUAAGAGGAGCUGGGGAGAUUUGUCCAUACAAAGGCCUUUUGUCCCAAGCCAGCGGUAGAGGUGGAAUCAAAGCGGCUUGGAUAACUGGAUGUGUCGACAUUUUCAUUGGACACUUUGAGCAAAGAUGGAAAGUGCGACUAAUAAGUCAGAUGGACCUGGAAAACAGCCCACUACCUCCUUCCUGAAUGUGUUCAGCAGUUUCUUCGGCCAAGAUAGCUCUGUUUCAGAGUCGGCCAUGCUGACCUCUUUCAAGGAGCUGUCUGAUGAGAAGAACCCUCUUCCUGAAGGCGGUCAAACUACUGACAAUGAGAACAAGCUCCAAGGGAGGGAAGAUGUGCAUCAGGAUAAUGUCACUGCUUCCUCUGACACAGGGCAGAGGCCUGAAUCAUUGGAAACAUCCAAGGUGUCUGUCGACCAAGGUAAAGCAGCAGCUGGAGCCUCGGUUGACCCGGAUCUGGUCCAGGUGACUAGGGUUGAAACGUAUAUUGACGAUGAGGAAAAUGAGGAGGAGGCCCGCAGCAGCAGUAGUCUGUCGGAGAAGCUUUCCACGGCGAGGGAGCCUAACUUACCUGAGGAGGAGGAGGAUGAGGAGGCGGAUAAUACAGUGGAGCAUGGUGAUGGAGAUGAGUUAGAAGAUGCUGGUGAGGCAGAGGAAGAGUACCAAGUGCCUGUGUUUAGAACACACGGAUUUAGGGAAAGAUCCCGCAUAGAAGCUAUUUUAUAUUCAGACAGGUUCAUCAACAGAACCGACGCUAGGAAAGUUCUGUUUUCCAAAAAGGCCGACGACUGCAGUCCUAAGGAGAGCACCACCACCGGGGCUUUGGAUGUGGAAACAUCGGGUGCUGGAGAGAAUAGUAGAGACAAUGUGGGAGCAGACAAGGGCAACAAGUUUGCUGGCUUAGAUUGUUCUCUGCCUGUUCCCUCUAUUAUCGCCAGACAUCUGGCUUUGGAGGACUCUGGUCAUGAUUCUGUCACAGCCUCUCCAUUAAAGGAGGACUCUGAUAGUACACAGAAGGAGAAGAUGCAUGAGAAAACGGCUGAGGCUGACGAGGGGACUGAGGAAGAACCUCACUCCAGCCAGGUUCCUGCCUCACAACGCACAUCUGCUCCAAAGACACCAGCAACCAAAAACACACGACCUCCAGCUUCAUCCGGUGUCCCCUCCUCCACUUCCUCCCCAUCCAGGGGCACGGUGCUCUCUUCGCCCCCUUCCUUCCAGAUGCCAGCUCUCUUCAGUGGGCUGCGGGUGCUGAAGAAAGGAGCAGUGGGGGAAGACAGGGAGUCUGUGUCGGAGAUAAAGCAGAGCGAAAAGGAUGCUGACCUUGCACUACUCAGCCUGAAGAAGACGGUAAACAAAGCCAAGCUCUUACCUGAGCAGAAGACGGCCUCUCCGGCCAAAAAACCCUCAGAGCCUAAACCUAUUGGGGAAACUAAAAGCACUGUAAUGGGACACCUCAGUCAGCUGCUCAACCUAGACAACCGCGAUAAGACCAAAAUGUCAGACGUCGGGCAGGAUCCUGAACACGACAGAAAAGAGUCUGAGAAUGGAGAAGAGGUUGUGGGAGAGAAGAUUCAAGGCCAAGAAACCCCGACAUCCACACCAGAGAAAAGGAAAACCUCAGACCUGGCCUACGAAACCUUCAGAAGCAUCUUUGGCCCCAGACCUGUUAAAAAGGACAAAGAUGAAGACCUGGAUCUGGAAGCCGUGAGAAAGAAAAUCAAGAAUGACAAAGAAAGUCUGAAGUCUAUUUUUGAGAGGGCCUCCAAAUCCCCUGGCAACGACCUCCACAGUCCCACAGAGGCUAUUACGGAGGUCACGUCCCCUACAGACAGCGAGGACCGGACCCCAGGGCGUCUUCAUGCCGUGUGGCCCCCACCCAAAACUAAAGAGGAGGAAGAGAAGGUGGGGCUCAAAUACACCGAGGCAGAGCACCAGGCCGCCCUCUUGCAGCUGAAGAGAGAGUGCAAGGAAGAUCUGGAGAGGAUGCAUUCCGACUCUGAGCUUCAAAUCUUCCAAAUGCGAGGUGAGCAUGCCGUCUCGAUAUCACACCUGGAAAUAGCCAUUGCUAAGAUGCAAAGAGAACGGGGGUAUAAUGCAGGUCAGGAGCGGGGCGAGGUCCGUGACGCUGCUGUGUCCACAGCAGAUGACCUGAUCCCCAAGACCUACCGCACCGUGAGUAUCCAGACGGACAGGGAGAGCUUCAUCAAGAGCCCAGAGGGAGAAGGUGGUGGGCUCGCCCAAAGCCCCAACCAGAACGUGCCGAAAAAACUCAACUUGGACUCUAUCGGGCUGAAUCUUAAAUCCGGACCGAUCCCAGGGCCUCCUGGACCGCCCCCGCCACCUCCUCCUCCCCCACUCCCACCAGGCCUCACAGGACCACCACCACCACCACCACCACCACCUCCUCCUCCCCCUCUCCCACCAGGCCUCUCAGGACCACCACCUCCUCCUCCCCCUCUCCCACCAGGCCUCUCAGGACCACCACCACCACCUCCUCCUCCUCCUCCUCCCCCUUUGCCAGGCAACUCUGGAGCCCCGCUACCACCCCCUCCACCACCUCCACUCCCUGGAGGUGGUCCGCCGCCGCCACCACCUCCCCCACCCCCUCCUGGCCUACCUGGAGCUGGUCCACCUCCUCCCCCCCCUCCUCCAGGCAGUGGCAUGCCACCUCCUCCCCCCAUGGGGGGCUUCAGUUUCGUCCAGAAGGUGGAGAAGGCCCCACGGAAAAUUGCCGUUGAGCCAGCCUGUCCCAUGAAGCCUCUGUACUGGACCAGGAUACAGAUACAGGACAAUAACAACAACACACUCUGGGGUUCUCUGGAGGAACCAAACCUUGUCAACGCCAAUGAGUUUGAGGAUCUGUUCGCCAAGGCCACGCUGCAGCCGAAGAAGAAGCCCCUGUCUGACACCUAUGAGAAGAAAGCCAAAACUAAGAAGAUUAUCAAGCUGCUGGAUGGGAAGCGUUCACAAGCAGUCGGCAUCCUCAUAUCGAGCCUGCAUCUGGAGAUGAAGGACAUUCAGCAUGCUGUUCUUACUGUGGACAACUCUGUGGUGGAUUUGGAGACCAUUGAGGCUUUAUAUGAAAAUAGGGCCACCAGUGAUGAGAUGGUCAAGAUAACGAAACAUUAUGAGGACUCUAAAGAAGAUGAAGUCAAACUGCUGGACAAACCUGAACAGUUUCUCUAUGAGCUCUCCCAGAUUCCCGACUUUGCGGGCCGAGCCCACUGCAUCAUCUUCCAGUCGGUAUUCCUCGAUACCAUCUCCUCCAUCCGUCGCAAGGUGGAGAUCAUCUCCAAUGUCAGCAAAGAGCUGUUAGAGAAUAAUAGCUUGCGAGAGGUGUUGGGUCUUGUUCUGGCCUUUGGGAACUAUAUGAACGGAGGCAACAGGACAAGAGGUCAGGCUGAUGGCUUCGGACUGGAGAUCCUCCCCAAACUAAAGGACGUCAAGAGCAGGGACAAUCGUAUGAACCUGGUGGAUUAUGUUGUUUUGUAUUACCUUCGUAAUUUCGACAAGGACGCCGGAACAGAAAAGAGUGUGUUCCCUAUGCCGGAGCCUCAGGAUUUCUUCCAGGCUGCUCAGGUUAAGUUUGAGGACCUCACCAAGGACAUCAGGAAACUAAAAAAAGAUCUGACUGUUUGUGAGAAGAACGUGCAGAAGGUGUGCGCUAACUCGUCAGAGGAAACCCUCCAGCCCUUCAAGGAGAAGAUGGAAGGAUUUAUUGCUACUGCUCAAAAAGAUAAUUCAGCUGAAGAGGAACAACUCAAUGUGGCGCACAGAAGUUUCCAGGACACGGUGAGCUACUUUGGGGUGAAGCCAAAGUCCGGGGAGAAAGAAGUGGCACCGAGUCAGGUUUUUAUGCUUUGGUACGAGUUUUGCAACGACUUCAAGAACACCUGGAACCGACAAAACAAGAACAUCUCCAAAGAGAAGUUGAAGGAAGCUCAAGAAAACAUCAAGAAGAUCACAGCGGAGAAGAGAGUUGAAACCAAGAAGAUCAAUGCCAACAGUCUGAAAGAGAGGCUGCGGCAGAAGGAAGCUGGCGUGUCUUCCAGCUGAGUGACAUGACGACAGCGGAAGAAGAAGCGAGGCGUGGUCGCAGUAGAUUGCAGAUCAGAAGGCAUCAUCUCUGUUUACCACCUGCCUCGAUGACAGCGGACUGCUCUUUGCUCUCCCUUCAGACUCGCAAUAAACUCUUACUACUCCCACUGCCGUAUCUCUGCCCUACUAACACCCGCACAUCCCCACCCUACCCUUCCACUUAGGGCUUUUUCUGUCGGAUAGAAGCUGGGCCUGCAGCGGGGAUGCAUGGCUGACACAGGCGAAGUGAAGAGUCUUAAAGGCCAAAGGUUGAUCUCAUUCAUCCGGCGGAGCGCGACCUCUGAGUGCCCAGCUUGUGAAAGGUUUCAAGGGGUCAUUGGGAUUCACAGCUGACACAUCCAAGAGGUUCCUUCUGGAUCUACAAUAGCUGCCAAACCAUUAGUUUGUGGGCUGAUGUUAGACAGCAGAGUGAUAAUGCUGCUGCAUGUUCAAAGUGUUAAGACAUUGUUGCUGUGAUGUGAACACAUACGGCUGCCUGAAGAGGAAAAUCCCCAAUGACGAAACAGAAAAAUGUCUCCCUGGAAGCGGUUAAAAAAAAUAAAAAGGCUAGUGUUCUUAGCUUUUCAUUCACCAUGGCUCAUUAAAAGUCUUGUAAAUAUGUCAUGUUGUAGAAUCGGCAGGGACCAUGCAGCAGGAGUAUGAUAAAUGAUCUGCGCUGAGCUUCACGUGUAGAUUAAGACAUAAAAUGUGUGCGUACAAAUCGUGGAGGUUUCACUGUAUUGUUUAGCACUGCGCCAGACUGACCUCUCCUGGGUGACGUCCAGAGAAGAGGCACACAAACACACACACACACACACACACACACACACACACACACACACACACACGUACUUAAAAACAUCAGGAGAACACAACACAUUUUUGGCCGUGCACCCACUCUCCCCCAAGAUAUGUAAUAUAAAUGGUUAAUCCUUCAUUGACACCUUUUAAGCACUUUAAUGCUCGCAGUAGCGGUACGUCGUAGCUACACUCCCCUCUUAUGCUAACUGUGUGCAUUUUUCAGAUGUCUUGCACUUGUUUUGCACCUCCUUUUCCUAUGCAAGGGCAUGGUUUCCUUGUUGGAAGUUUUAGAAAUGGUAUUGCUUCAUGAUAAAAUCCUAUUAGAUUCGUUUUCUAAGAAAGUCUUCUAAAGUGUACGUUUUAUUUUUCGCAAAUGUAAGAUUUAAGCUCCUUUUAUCGUUCAAGAAAAGUCUAUUUAUAUAAGGAAAGAUUUAUUUUCUGCCAAAAAGCAUCAGCUUUGUUCCCUUUUUGAGGCUGUAUUUUUAUGAGUUGUAACUGACCGAUAAGCUACCUGAUCAGUCGGAGGAAAGAUAUAUUUUCACACAGAUAUUGUGCUCAUUUACAGUGUACGUGAUGAUAUGUGGAAUGUGAGUACUUUGCAUAGAAUGAAGAUUGCCUUUUCUCUUUCGUUUUUGAAGAGAUGAAAGUUGUAUUUUGGGUAUUGAGAACAUUUUAGCAUAUCAAGCGAAGCCAUGCCAGUUGCUAUACCUCAGACAGACUUCUAUUAUCAGAGUAUCCAUAAAACUGCACCUUGAAUUACUUCUUUUUUUUACCCUCAAGUCUUUCACGUGUGCCAUUUAUUUUAUUAAAAGAAAUCUAGAUAUUUCAUAAACUGUUAUGUUUUACUUAAGAGGGUUUGAAAAGCAAAAAAAAAAAAGCUAAAAGAGCUGAUACUGACCAAGGAACUGCUGUAGCCUCUACAUGUGUAUCUGUAACCCUCAGUAGCUCUCUUAUAGGUGCUGUGUGAUUUUUAUGGAAUUGUUUUAAAUUUCAAGAAUAAAGUACUGGAUGCUGAACAAACUGGA